GCUACGGGCCGCCCGCGGGGUCAGCGCGCGUCCAGGGCUCGGUGACCGGCCACGCUGCCUCGGGGCUGCCGGGCACACUGCGCGCCCUCGAAACCGCUCGCUCGUUCUGGGGCCCGGCGCCCGCAACCAUGUGGCUGGCGCUGCUGCUGCUGGCGCUGCUGCUGCUGGCCGCGGCGCUCCUCGCGUCCCGGGGGCGCUCUGCAGACAGCUCCCCGAACCCCUUCUCCGAGGAUGCCAAGCGGCCCCCCGCGCCCCUGGUGACCGACAAGGAGGCCAGGAAGAAGGUUCUCAAGCAAGCUUUCUCAGCCGGCCGAGUGCCGGAGAAACUGGACGCGGUGGUGAUCGGGAGCGGCUUCGGGGGCCUGGCGGCUGCUGCAAUUCUGGCCAAGGCCGGCAAGAGGGUCCUGGUCCUGGAGCAACACAGCAAGGCGGGGGGCUGCUGCCACACCUUCGGGCAGGAUGGCCUUGAAUUUGACACAGGAAUCCAUUAUAUCGGACGCAUGCACGAGGGCAGCGAGGGACGCUUUUUCUUGGACCAGAUCACCGAGGGGCAGCUGGACUGGGUUCCCAUGGACUCUCCCUUUGACAUCGUGGUGCUGGACGGGCCCGCUGGCCGGAAGGAGUUCCCCAUGUACAGUGGGAAGAAAGCGUACAUCCAGGGCCUCAAGGAGAAGUUUCCCAAGGAGGAAGCUGCCAUUGACAAGUAUAUGAAGCUGGUGAAGGUGGUGACCAGCGGAGUCGCGCCCCUCGUGCUAUUGAAGAUGUUCCCGUUGCCCGUGACUCAGCUUCUGGACAAGUUCGGGCUGCUGUCCCGUUUCUCCCCGUUCCUCCGCGCGUGCACCCAGAGUGUGGCCGAGGUGCUGCAGCAGCUGCCCGCCUCCCCGGAGCUGCAGGCGGUGCUCGGCUACAUCUACCCCACGUACGGUGUGACCCCCAGCCACGCUUCCUUUUCCAUGCAUGCGCUGCUGGUCAACCAUUACCUCGAAGGCGCCUUUUACCCCCGAGGGGGCUCCAGUGAAAUCGCCUUCCACACCAUCCCCGUGAUCCAGCGGGCCGGCGGCGCCGUCCUGACAAAGGCCCCUGUGCAGAAGGUGUUGCUGGACUCGGCCGGGCGCGCCUGCGGGGUGAGCGUGAAGAAGGGUCUGGAGCUGGUGAACAUCUACUGCCCCGUCGUGAUCUCCGACGCGGGACUGUUCAAUACCUAUGAGAACUUGUUGCCAGAGAGCGCCCGCUGUCUGCCAGGUGUGAGGCAGCAGCUGGGGCCGGUGCGCGACAGCCUGGGCACCUUCUUGGUUUUCAUCUGCCUACGAGGCACCAAGCAGGAACUGGGGCUGCCGGCCACCAACUACUAUGUCCAUUCUGACACAGACCUGGACAAGGCGAUGAAGCGCUACCUCUCUGCGCCCCGCGAGAAGGCCACGGCCCACAUCCCCUUUUUCUUCAUCUCUUCCCCCUCGGCCAAGGACCCCACGUGGGAGGACCGCUUCCCAGGCCGCUCCACGCUGGCCGUGCUGCUGCCUGCUCCCUACGAGUGGUUCGAGGAGUGGCGGGACGAACCGAAGGGCAAGCGCAGCAGCGACUACGAGACGCUCAAAAACGCCUUUGUGGACGCCUCGCUGUCCGUCGUCCUGAGGCUGUUCCCCCAGCUGGAGGGCAAGGUGGACAGUGUGGGCGGAGGAUCACCGCUGACCAGCCAGUUCUAUCUGGCUGCUCACCGGGGUGCUUGCUAUGGGGCUGACCACGACCUGGGCCGCCUGCACCCCUGUGUGAUGGCCUCCCUGAGGGCCCAGAGCCCCAUUCCCAACCUCUACCUGACAGGCCAGGAUGUCUGCACCUGUGGGUUGAUGGGCGCCCUGCAUGGGGCCCUGCUGUGCGGCAGCGCCGUCCUGAAGCGGAACCUGUACUGGGACCUUCGGAACCUCGGCGCCAGGGUCCACGCACGGAAGUAGCAUGGUUAGGAACGAGUCCGAGCUGAGCUCAGCCCCGAAGGAGCCUGUGUCUGUGCAUCAGUGCCUUGUUCACAUUCCAGCACCUUCUGUUGGUUCUGACUUCUCGAGAGGUCGAUACUCAAAUCUAGCAUAGAUGAAGGCCUAAUCCAGCUCUUUUUUUUUUUUUUUGCUUCUUGGGUCACACCUGGCAAUGCACAGGGUUACUCCUGGCUUUGCACUCAGGAAUUACUUCUGGCGGCGCUCAGGGGACCCUAUGGGAUGCUGGGAAUCGAACCUGGGUUGGCUGCGUGCAAGGCCACCGCCCUGCCCCUGUGCUAUCGCUCCAGCCCCUAAUCUAGCUCUUAAGCAGAAGUUGCUCGUGCUAGGGUGGGAAAUGAUCUUCUAAUACAUCUAGUGCAUUUACUACAUCUGCUAACAUGCUCUCUACCCUUAAUAGCUCCUCUGUCACCCACACUCAUGCCUUCUGAGAGACUGGUCAGGUUUCGGGGUUGUCAAAUGAGAUGUCAAAAUCCUGCGUAGGGUUUUGAUUUGAUUCCAAAAACUCGGAGGCCUCCUGGUCUCAUUUUUGGUUCCAGUUAGUUUCUGCGAGAGGCAUGAUUGUGGUCUGUGGGUGAAGAGCAGACUUACUCAUCAGGAAGCUAACUGUCUAGAAGGGAAGAGCCAGGCGACCAAGGUUCCUCAUCCUUGGGGUCAGGGGUCACCAAGUUCUCAGUGUGCCAGAGCAAGAACCCUUCGCAAAUGCUAUAGCCACAAAUGCCCAGGGAAGGCUGGUGGUGCUAGCUGAGCGCAGGCCUGGAGUGAUGACUGCAUCAGGGUUGAAGCAGGCUGCGUGAGCAUCUUAGACCAAGAUGGCCGCAGGGCUGCCCUGCGAAAUAAGUGCCUGUAGUAUGAGCAGUAGCUCAGACACAUAUAUGAGAGCACAGCUGCCCUGUGGGAGAAAGAACUGGGCUGGGCAUGAGGAAAGGGCAUGAGGAAUGGGCAGAACAUGGAACACUAAGUGUGCAAAAUGCGUGCUGGCAUUUCUGCCUUACCAGUACUGACAUGUCGGAGACUGGCUGGGAAAGUGAAUGAAAGCCAAAGGUCAGAGGGAAAAAAAGAACCUUUCACUUAUGCCUGGCCUUACUUCUGCUGAUUUUACUAUAGUAUGAAUAAAGUUAAGAAUAAUUGUGCCACUUUAUUUUUAUUUUAUUUUUAAUUGUGCCACUUUAAUAUUUGAAAUGUUUCUGUGCAAUGGUACAAAAUUACAUUGAGACGGCAUUCAGUAAAACAUUUUAUGCAGAAAAAGACUAUCAUUAACCCAAAUAAGCUUAAAAAAUAAAAUCAAGUAAUUACAGUUCAGUUACAAAAAGCUGAAAAUAUGAAACAUCACACAAACAGUGGCCAUCUGCUAACAAGCAGGGAGGGAAGCAGUUCCCACUCUCGGUCACGUAUCCACACAGAACAUUUCCAAAGCGAAGGGGCCUGGCGGACGAGGUUGGCUUCACUGGCAAAUCGGGAAACCCCCUCCCGCCCACACCCAGUGCCUGUAGAGAGACGCUCCCAUCCUUCAGGAAUUCACAUGUGACUAGGGCAGUCAGCCGAGUGGAGGUGCAGUCUUGACUCUGCAUACAUUAAACCUCAGAGUGUCUGAGACUGCUUCCUGUACUGAGCAAGGCCAUGACAAACAGCCUUCCCAGCAAGGGGUUCAGAAAAGAGCUGGCAGGGUUGCUCAGAUAACUGAUAACAUGCAAAAAAAAAGCCACUUUUCACGAAUAGGCCUGUUACUCUGUAAAAACAAGGGUGGGAAUCCUUAAAAAAAAAAAAAAAAAAAAAAAAAAACAA